CAACUUUGUCUCUUCCCUUUAAAUAAGAAGACGAAAUUCCCACUUUACCCCCGAUGCCCAUAUACGUUGUUAUUUUUUCAAAUUGAAAGGGAAUUUCUCGAGCUCCACAUCUAACGGCUGCUAUUACUUGUCUAGCCACCAAGAAAGCAAUCACAGCCGUCCGAUCUCUUCGAGGGUUUAGUUACAAUCCCCUCGCCUCGCACGCCUCCUUCGUGUUUAUUUCGCUCUCUCUCAACUGGGAAGAAACCGUUUCGCUAAUUCGUAUAUCUGCAGCGGUUUCCCGAUUUCGUGAUUUCAAAAGCAAUCCCGCUCGCGCUAUUAGAUUCAUCUUCUCACUGACAAAAUCCGGCUGACGAAGUACGAAAUUGCAGUUUGAUCGACAGCAGAGAAGAAAAUGUUGCUCGCAGUCCUGAUCGCAAAUUCGGAAGGCAAUAUUCUUGUGGAACGUUUUAAUGGUGUUCCGGCAGAGGAACGUUUACAUUGGAGAUCUUUCUUAGUGAAACUGGGAGUAGAUAAUCUCAGAGGAGUCAAGAAUGAGGAGCUCCUUGUUGCUAAUCACAAGUCGGUGUAUAUUGUAUACACAGUGCUUGGUGAUGUCAGUAUAUUCGUUGUUGGCAAGGAUGAAUACGAUGAACUUGCCUUGUCAGAAGCUAUAUUUGUUAUAACCUCAGCCCUGAAGGAUGUAUGUGGAAAACCUCCAACUGAACGCCUUUUCCUUGACAAAUAUGGUAAAAUAUGCUUGUGCUUGGAUGAGAUUGUCUGGAAGGGUUUGUUGGAGAACACAGACAAAGACAGAAUCAAGAGACUUAUACGAUUGAAACCACCAACUGACUUCUAAUCGACAGACACGAGACAACCUCUGCAUUCUCCAUGUGUACAAAGGCCGCCUUCUUGCUAUGAUUACUGCGUGGAAAAUGCACUUUCAUGGGUUUGUUUUGUGAUACUCUCUACAAAUUUGCUUAUUUAGCUAUUUGGUCUGUAUUUGUAUGGUUGUAGCUGUUGUUGCAUAAUAGUUGCUUGUUCUACUAUCACUUUACUCUUGCUAUAUACCUUAGCUUUUGUGGAAACUUACAAGUUUCUUCAAAGGACUUUUACGGCAUUUCAAGCAUUUGGGCGUGCUUUUGAUUGCAUAUGGAGUAAUUGUUACAUUUAUCUUUUGGCAGCUGUAUAUGGCAGUUACUUCAAUUUA